CCCUGGUCGGGUGUCGGGGGCACAGAGUGGAACAACAGGGCGAUGGUUGAGAGGGUAUUAUCAGUGAACUGUGAAGAUGCCGGGGGGCCAGACGGUGACGUGCGGGGGAUCGAUCAAUUGCGGUGCCGUCGUCGCCCUUUCGUUUUCGUCUUCGUCGUCCUUCUUAUCCCCUGCCCUCCCCUCCCGCUCAUCCCAUGUCUAUUUGGCUUGAUCUCUCUCCGGCAUGUCCUCGACCCUUUUUGAGGAGUUUUUUCUUUGAUCGUUAAGAUCUUUUUGCUCGGUUGAGUAUCUUGAAGAUUGUGUAUUACCCGGCAUUAUGCGACAGGCUUCUGUGGAUGCUGGCGCCGAUGAGGCGUUGGCGAGGAUGGGCUACAAGAGUGAAUUGCCGCGGAACUUGAGUAUGAUGAGUAUUCUCGGCUUGUCCUUUGCUAUCAUGGCUGCCCCCUUUGGUCUCAGCACUACCCUCUCCAUUACCCUUACCGAUGGCCAGUCUGUCAGUGUCAUCUGGGGCUGGGUCGUCGUCACUUUGAUCUCCGUCGCCAUCGCUGCCUCUCUGGCUGAAAUCUGCGCCGUUUACCCCACCGCCGGAGGAGUCUACUACUGGAGUGCGAUGUUGUCAACGCAGAAAUGGGCUCCGAUGAUGUCUUUCAUUGACGGGUGGUUGACUCUGGUCGGGAACUGGACGGUCACUCUGAGUAUCACCUUCUCGGGAGGCCAGUUGAUCCUGAGUGCUAUUUCGCUGUGGAAUGAGGACUUUGUCGCCAACGCAUGGCAGACUAUUCUCAUGUUCUGGGCGGUCAUUCUGGUCUGCGCGUUGGUCAACAUCUUCUGCGCCAAGUGGCUCGACUUGAUCAACAAGGUGUGCAUCUACUGGACGGCUGGCAGUGUGAUUAUCAUCCUUGUCACGCUGUUGACCAUGUCGGACCAGCGACGGGAUGCUGAGUUUGUGUUUACGCACUAUGAUGCCUCGCAGAGUGGUUGGCCUUCCGGAUGGGCGUUUUUCGUCGGGUUGUUGCAGGCCGCAUACACGUUGACCGGAUACGGCAUGGUGGCUUCCAUGUGUGAGGAAGUGCAGAAUCCGCAUCGCGAGGUGCCCAAGGCUAUUGUGCUGUCCGUCGUGGCUGCUGGUAUCACUGGUCUGGUCUAUCUCAUCCCUAUUAUGUUUGUCUUGCCGUCGGUGCAGACCCUGCUCAAUGUAGCCAGUGGCCAGCCCAUCGGACUCAUCUUCAAGACAGCCACUGGGUCUGCUGGUGGCGGUUUCGGGCUGCUGUUUCUGAUCCUGGGUAUUUUGAUGUUUGCCGGCAUUGGUGCUUUGACGGCUGCGAGUCGAUGUACGUACGCCUUUGCCCGCGAUGGAGCCAUCCCCGGGUUCCGUCUCUGGCGACAGGUGAACAAGAAGCUGGACGUACCGAUGUGGGCUAUCAUUCUCUCCACUGGCGUUGAUUGUCUGUUGGGUCUGAUCUACUUUGGAUCAUCAGCAGCCUUCAACUCGUUCACGGGUGUGGCUACGAUCUGUCUGUCGACGUCGUAUGGUCUGCCCAUUCUCAUUCUCAUGCUUCGCGGGCGUGAGGCCGUCAAGGGCUCCAGCUUCUCGCUGGGACGGUUCGGAUACGCGAUCAACAUCGUGUCGGUGUGCUGGAUCGUGCUGGCGGUGGUUCUGUUCUGUAUGCCGACGUCGCUGCCAGUGGAUGCCAGCACUAUGAACUACGCGAGUGUGGUGUUUGCAGGCUUUGCGGUCAUUAGCAUUACGUGGUAUGUGGGCUAUGCGCGGAAGCAUUUCACGGGGCCGCCCCUGACCGACGAGGAUAUGUCGGGGGUGAUGACGGGGAAGCCGGUGGAUGCGGAGAAUUUAUAUGCAGAGCAUGAGAAGGGGAAGAAUUGACCCAUAAGUUCAUUAAUUAUGAUUUUAGCCGUG